AUGGCGACGACAGAGUUACAUGUCAGAAUCAGCUCGACACCUUCUACAAACGGAGAACCUAGUUUCACGAUUUGCACGUUCUGUAACAACUCAACAAAUGGGUUCGAGAAGCGUUUAUUUGCGACAACACAACCAAAGGGACCUUUUUUUCCUGUCUUAGCCGAGCUACAGGGAAAGAAAACAAAGUUAGACGACCUCGGUCGAGCGGUUGUUUGUGUGGCAUGUUUUCAUCAUCUUUUGCGACAAUGGAGCAGUUUCGAACGAAGGGGUAUUCCUGUUCGUAAACGGGAAUAUAAUAUUAUUACAGGUAUGCGAUUCAUAUGAUUAUUCAUGUACAAAAUUGUUAUCUAGAAACAUCGGGGCUUUCGCUUGAAAUACUUUUGUUACCAGUUUACUAGGGCAGUCUGAUCACUACUGGAGACCUUUGUUUGAAUUGGAUCACCGAGACUAGGUCGAUAAAAAUGUUGUUAACCACAAUUUUAUUACCUUAAGCGCCAUUCCGUACGCUACCGUAUUUACAGACCGCCUCGGUUGCAAGAAAGGUUUAUUUACGUCUACCGAGAAAAGCUUUCGAAAGGUGAUUUUAUUUUCGAAAGUAUCUGUUAUUCAAGCAUAUGAACAAAAGGAACUAAUUUGUCUGAAAUCAAGCGUUGAAACACAUCAAUGAGUUUAUUCUCGUGGGAAAAAAGCUUAGGCUCUUGUUAAUUUGAAUUUGUUUCCAUUCAUUUUCAAAUGUAUUUGUCUGUCAGGUCGUCCUAUUCCAUUAACUUAUAAUUUACUUUUUAAACAAACUUGUAAAGAACCUUUUAAGCACUGUCUUCUAAAGUAACAGACAAGACAUGGUAUUAAAUGCAACAACUAAGAUGUUUUUAUUUACUCUUUGUGAAACAUAUCAGCAUUAAUACGACCUCGGGAAGACAAUGUGAGGUACAUUUUGUAUUUUCAACCUCUCCAAAUUGAUAUUUUUUUACAUAUUUGUGUCCGUUUAACUUUGUGCAUAAGCAGAUAAUGUUUUAACUCUGUAUCACAUGAAAUAUAGAGAACUCGAACAUUGCAUAAUUUGCAUAUUUCCUGAUGGGAAAUUGGGUAUGUGAAUUUAAUUAAACGUAAAUUGUGUGCACUUAAAAUAACUGUUUACCUAGAUUUGCAGAAGCGGGUUCCAUCCCUUAUCAAAGAAAUGCCUAAAGAACGAGCUAUGGCUACCCAAUAUGUAAAGACACUUGCACCAGCAGACACCCUUAAAUAGCUCGAGAUUGUUCUUUUCCUUCAAUCAGUCAGUAAAGUUCAAAUGCCAAUGCUCUCCAUUUAAAAGAGCUCUUCCAUUGAGUGUCGUAAAACAAAGACCUAAAUAAACUAAACGACCAUUCAUUACAAUGGGAAAUUGUCUCAACCCUUUAAGUCCUUGGAGUGACGAGCAUUUAAUUUUUUCCUUGCAAUAUCACCCCUGAAUGAAACAUUAAAGACACAAGAAUAAAGGAAAUGAUCACAAACUAAAGAAGCUCUUGAUUAUUAAACAAACUUUUCUUGUCAGCAUCUGUACAGAAAGCAGUAUGGAGAGUAUGCAUACCGAUGCACGCUGAUGCCAGGGUAUAAUUGGUUCAAGAGUAAGCCAGAACUUAAAGUGGAAAAUACUGACUGCCUUAAGCACCGAAAAAACAGCGGUGUACGAGUCACAAUUGUUUUCUGAUUGGUUGAGAGAGUGACGCGAGUUUUCUUGACCGAUUAAAGAGCAAAGUAAAAUAAGCCAAAGCCACCCUGGGUUGCUUUGCUUUCUCAGUUGUAAAUUACUUUAUCAUAAAUUUCUUGAGAUCUUAGCUUUGAGAAAUGUGGUGUAUAUCUAUUCCUGAUGAUAACAUUCAGGGAAGCCACACACCAGGCUCAGGUUACAUUAAUCUCUGGAAAGAACCAGACAGCUUUAGACUAAAGAUAACCUCAAAGAGAAUUCCUUAAGGCCUUCAGGGGGAGAUAAACCUCGUAGCUACAACCUGAAUCACCGGGGAUGGAAAACUGAAUCGGUCAACAUUGCACCAUUGUGACAUAAUGUUUUUUUUAAGUAAUUUCCAACUUUGAAAGGGUGAAUCAGGACGCCGAAAUCUGUUUGGUAGAUAAAUCUGAUAAUUGGCGAAUUUUUCUUAUUUCUUAAACAAACUUUGUCCAAGAUUAAAACUUCUUCCAUAGCUAAGAAGCGAAGUGAACACAAUUAAUAUGUGUACUAUUUUCGAACAAUUUUCCUACUGCCUUCAUUCUGGCGAGACAACUCAAAAGCGAAACUAUCAAAAUGAUACCAAAAUACGCACACGGUAACUGAAUGGAAAGAAUAUUUCUUGAGGUAUACGUUCUGAAACUUUAUUUUUCGAGGUUGAUAAUUUGAUUAACUGAUAGGGCUCGUGAGGUGAGUUUCCUUUCUUAUUCAAUUAACUUACUUUACCAAGAAAGAGUAAAUUGACAAACCAAGCUAUCAAGCCACGACAUCGCUUGAAACUUCUCUGUUAUGGUAAUUUUUUUAACAACCUUCAAGGUCAAAAAUUACUUUUGAACUUCGGGACGCAACUUACCUGUUGUUUUUGUAAUCCCUCAUUACAAAUUAUCUGAGUAGCUCUGUAAGUUCUUUAUUUUUAAAUGCAAAAUUUUAGUUUUAGCAUCAUGACGGGGUAAUUUCUACAAAAGAUUCUUCAAUUAAGGCUCAUUGUUUUCAGUUUUGGAAUAGACACAAGGAAUUCAAAGUCAAUACAUUUUUGAGAACCAGUUUGCUUCAGUUUCUUCAAACGAUGUAUUCUCGUUUUAUCCCAAGAUUGAUAUUGUCUUGCAGCCCAACUUACAGCUUUUCCUGAUGGAUUUUUAGAGAAUUAUGAAUUAUUCAGUCGUUAAAUUAUACUACCCAUUAGUAUCAUGGACCACUGUUACACAAUUAUGGACGAUAUUGACUUUUAUCUUGCGAAAUGCAAAUAACUUGCGGUAUUUUCUUUCCCGUGCUGCGCGAUACAAUAAUGUUUUGGCUUCUAUUAUCUUUUCAAGUUUUCGUAUUCGUCCGAUUUAGUGUCGCUUCAGAAUUGAUUCUUAGUCAGGCAGCUGUUAAAAUGUUUUGGAGUUAUUAAAGACUUACUCAGUGCAGUCUUGUCCUGAUAACUCUUUCUAAUUUUGCAAAUGGUUUCGAGAUUCAGCAAUCAAGAUUUUCUUAAAACAUCAGAAGUUAGGUCUUGAAGGUAAGAAAGCCUAACACGCUUAAGCUGCUAGGUCAUGUAUCGAAAAAUUUAAGAGAAAACAAGCUUUCCUUGAACAUUGUUUAAUAAUUCACAUAAAGUUUGGUCUUGCUCCCUCUCAAGUCUAGCUGAGAGCUUUCCGAAACGAAGACGUACAUCUAGUGUAUCUUUAUCUCAGCCGGAAUAUUAACAGGUAUUCUUUUGCAAGCAGAGCGUAUUCAUCUUUUUAGCUAGUUAAAAGCUGUACAAGAGCUUAACAGCUGCAAAGGCAGUAGAUUUUGCAAAAAUAACCUCGUUUGAAGACUUAUCUAUUAUGGAACACUGAACUGUUUUGUGCGAGUAAACGAACCUCGAACCAGAUUUGAAUACUGGGGAAGGAAAUACGCGCGACAAGAUAUGAGCGAAAUAGAGGUCUCAGUGAAUGUUUUAAAACUUCAUCGACGCUUAUUUAUGCUAGAGACUUACUGCAUGGCUCCCUCAAAAUUUAGUAGCCAAUAGGGACGUUUUCUUUAAAUUAAUUUUGAAGGUUUGAAAUUUAUUCAAGGAUGUAACUGACAACCAUGUCAAAUUUUAGGAUUUUUGUCUCCAAAACGCUAUAAGCACUUACCAUACUAUUUCGUUACGGGUCAAAACACGUAAUAUAUAAUUCAUUUGGUUUAUUUUGGGCGUUCACAAUGCUAAGUUGUAUGAAUUCAUCAUGUUGGCGACAAAUCAUAAUUAUUUUUAUCGAGUGUUAAUGGGCGAAGUUUUCAACGUGAAAAUAAUUUGUUGGUAAACAUAGACGCGUGAACAGAGCAUAACCACAGGAAUCAAGGACUCUUAGAAGAGACUUCAUUGAAGGUGUCAGUAAGUCCAGAAAAAACACACACUUGACUCUGAUGAUGACUUCCGCUCAGUUUUUCGAAACGUCAGUCACUACAAUCAACAACUGUCCUUCUCAGGACUAACCUCACUUGAACGAUCAGACUACACAGUCUGUAUUCCAUCACCAGCGUCUACGAGAGAUUUUCAUCGUGAAAGUAGCAUGUGAGGGAACAGCAAAUAUUUCACUAUUUUUGCGUGCCCUGUGGCCCUAUUAUUUGGCACAUAUUUAGCAACUUUUAAACAACUGUUUACAAAGCUUAGUAAUGAAGAAUCGAGAAGUAUUUUAGUGAGUUCAAACGAGUUUAUAGUGAUUUUAAUAAAAUAAAACAGGCAGGCCUACAAGUCCAACUCAAGAAGUUUGCAGUCUUGUUCUUACCUGUGUUUAUUUGUUUUUUGUUUUUGUUUUUUUCAUUUCAGAGGAGCGUGUGAACCACUACCAGGUCAGACGUGAAGAGGAGAUACGACAAGAGGCCGAACAUAAGAUAAAAGAAAUUCAGGAUCGCGAGGAAAGAAUCCGACGAGAAGCCGAAGACAGGUUCGAAAAGUAUCGACAGCGUCAAGCAGAGAUCCGACGGGAGGCCGAACAAAGGCUACUCGAGGAACAAGCCAAAGCUGAGGAGUUCAAAAAGCAAGCAACAUUUCAGCUCAAAGAAGAGCAACAGCGAGAAGAAGAGUUACGACGACAAGCCGAAGAUCGAAUUCAGGAAGAAAAAGAGAAACGAGAGUACAUACGGCAAGAAGCAGAAAGACUCCUUCGCGAAGAGAAGCUAUUGGACGCACAAAGGCUGAAGCAGGGUUCCAUAUCACCAAGCCUUGAGAAAGUAACAACAUACCGGACUGAAGUUAUUAUUCCUUCCACCGUCAAGGAAACUGCACCUUUGAGGGAAAUUACAGAUAAAGGGGAAUCCGAAGAGAUGGCAGGUGUAAUUAGUGAGCAGGAGCUAGACGCAAGACGCCAGAGGCGCAAAACGAUGGAGUACGAUCCAGAAACGGGUUGUUACAGAAAAAUAACAGCAGAUGACGAUAAAGAAAAUACCUUGGUUGAGACCAGAACAGAGAGGGUGGAAUAUCGUUUUCGUCUCCGCUCAGACGAGAAUGCAAAGGAAACCUCAGAGAAGAAAGAUACCUCCUCUAAACCUGACAAAGCAUCAGAGGACAUCACAGUGUCAAUGGAGCCAGUAAAAUCCUUUAGUACUGAACAAACUAUUGUAUUGAACGGUGACGAUAAAUCGAAGAGGAAAAGUAGUGAAGGCGACACUAGAGGUGAAGAGGACCUAAAAAAAGCUGGUGACAUAAUGAAAACCAAGUUUGAAGAGGGUCGGAAGAGAUUCGAGCAAGAAUCAGUUGAAAAAAAGAGGAGUGACUCUUCUAAACAGAGAACGACGAGGACAACAUCCGACGACUCUCUAGAGGAGAAGAUCAGAGAAAUGGAAAAGAGGAGAGAACGACUGCUUCUCAGAGGGCCAUCGACAGAAUCGAAAGACACCUUGGGUCGAAGACCGUCGGAAGAAGGAAAGGACUCCUCUGUUGUCAGUCCCGGUGAAGAUUCAAAGAGUCUGGUUGAUGAUGGUACUAAGAAGCAGAGAAGUCGCAGUGAACGAAACAAACGGCGCUUAACAGCCGAGGAGAUGACUUUUAAAAAGUCUCCUGGCAGCGAAGAGGAUUCAACGGGGACAGAUGCCGCAAAAGUACCAAAAAAAGAUGUCAAAAGCGAAGAACGCGAAAUAGAAACGAAGAAAGAAAGUUACAAGAUUCAAUUGAAAAAGGUCGAGAAACCAGAAAGACCAGUAGAAGAAGACAUUGUCAUGACUCAGGUGAAAAAGGUUGAGGCCUCAGUUGACCUCAUGAGCUGGGACGACUCCACCGAUGGACCUACCUACGGUAGCGAGGGGGAUCCAGCUCCAGUUGCCCAAACAGAGUUAACGAAGAGGGCUGACAGCACUGAAGGAGAACUGUUUUCCAGACCGUCGAAGCUGGUUGACAUGGAAGCCUCUAUCAAUGUGGUUAAAAAAGGAGAUGUUGAGACCGUGCCCAACUCUAAAAAUCUUCUAGACCUUGAAGAGGUGAGUAACUUUCGGAGGUAACAGAUCCAUAAGGCAUUAGAAAAUAUUUCAUUUUUUCGCCCUAUACCUGUUCAGGGUACCCUGUUAUACUCUCCCACCGAAGCAGCACCACAGUUUCUUUAGAAACUUACCCCCUUUAUCCCUGUUCAUCUCGAAAUAUCAAUGGUUUUACUCCCUUUAAAACUGUUGGGGAGAAUGGGAAGGGGGUGGGUGGAGUCCAGAAAGUUAAAAUGGAUCCCACCAAUCAAAGCUAAUUGAAUAGAAGAGAUGCAGGAAACAUAUAUAUACCAAAACAUACAAGUAGAAAAAAAACACAUUUCUUUUGAUGAUAGGACAUUAUGAGGACAGCCUUUUAGUGAACUUUACCAAUGCUGAUCCAGCAUUCGCUAACGCACAACUUCGAUUUAAAGUAAAAACCAAAGGGACGAAGGUGGUUAACAUUAGGGACUUUAAGGGAUGAAAAUUCGAACAUUCCAAUUUUAAGAAACCAGGAGAAAACCCUACUUAAUGACUACUAGCGGUACUGAGGGGAUUAGGAACUUUGGCGGUGAGUUUGGUGCGGGACCGAGCUUGUUGUCACAUUAACAAUGGCUAUUCUUAAUUUACACUUUGCAUUUGGAGGGUUAAGUUUUGUCCAAUAAAAGGCAAUUUCAAUUAACGAUGGUUAGUUUAAAACAAUAACAUAAUUUGAUGCUUGUUUAAUCCCUCGGCUGGUAUUAUUUAAUCUACAUAACCAUUAGGCGAAUAAGUAUCGUAACCGUAAAUCGUUCAAAUCUGUGGUGUUCUCGACUCCUUAUUGAAGUGUUUCUCAUGUCGGUAAUCUCUUUUAACCAGGCAUCAGGUCUGUCAUCAGCACCCAUCGAGCCCAUCUCGACAUGGGACAACAGAGGUCGCUCAAGCAAUUCCGCCGAAGAAGACCGAAGACGUCGCGAGAGAGAAUACGAAGAAAGGAAGCGAAGAAUCGAGGAAAACCAACGGCGAGCGGCGAAAGAGCUCAAAGUGAAAAAACUCUACGAAAACGACGUGAAGCCCUGGAGAGGAGAAGAGAUCCACGAAGGAAAGCACGAUGAUGUAUCCAUAAAGGAAAAGAGGCGUUCGUUGGUGGAUAUGUGGGAGUCAUUUUCUGAGCCCCACACCAAUGUGAUGUCUUUUGAAGAAUACGAAGAUGAAGAAAUGCCUGAAGAGAGGAACAAAGUCGUGACUCUCGAGAAAAGAGCUGUGUCGGUGAGUACAAGUAAAUUUUUUGAUUGAUAAACGUCACAAAGUUGAACUGAGGGGUAGAAAAAUUGCAGCGGUUUGCAGAGAAACUUGUCUGAGGGAUUAAGCCAAUUUUGGAACUUAAACUUAGCUUAGAUUUGCCUCAACUUGUUUAAAAUAAACAAACUUUUCAAGGAGGUAAGAAUGCUACUAGUCGUCGAUUAUCUUUCUAUCAGUCUUCUCGAUCAUUAUCAAACGGUUCGGAACACACAGUAUUGUUGCGUUGAUUAAUGCAGUUAAUUGUUGCUGGAAACUUGUAGUGCGUUGAUUAUACGAGUCAAAGUAGAAUAAGACACUAGACAGGUCAACAGCUCAUGAAAAUACAACGUCGAUAAUUUUGUUCAAAUUACACAGGUGGGAUUUUGACAGCGAAAACUAAGGAAGGUCCAUGUACUUAUCAAAAUUCGAUUUCUCUCUUUACGCAAAAGAUUGACUCGCAGCAACAGAAUUUGAAUUUCACACCUUAUAUCAACCAAAGAGGCUGAUGUGUUCCGACUAUACAAGUGUUUUACAGUACAAAAUGUUCGAUAACCGAAACAACAAAAAAAUCCAACUUUGUUGUCAAUAUUUCAAAGACAAAAAAAUAAUAUCAAUAUAUUUCUAGUGCUGACUGUGGAAGCUUAACAAAACGGAUUGUAAUGAUAUCAGACCCGAAUUCUUGUAGAAGUCCAGUUUUCCCCAGAGACUCCAUCAGCGCUAUUAUUCAUACAAAUUAUUAUUCAAAGUUGGGAAAGGUUUACUUUUGAUAGUACUUAUAAUUUCGAGAAUACUUAGCUACAUAUCGAACGUCACGUGAAAGGUAACGAUAACGAUCUGUUUAUGUGUGGUAUGAAAGUCUCUGUUCGAAUUUUCCACCAAAUUGACCUACAUAUAGUCUUUUUUUUAAGAAUAAGGUUUACCAUUACUGAGGUACGCUAAAACUGUUUGACCAGAUCUUUUGUUUUUACUUUGCCGAAUGACUACCAGGUAUACUUUGAGUGAUUUUUUCACAUUCAUACAAAUACUCCCCAAGUUUAUUUUCAUUUGUUUGUAAGAAAAUCUAAAAAAAUAAACGAGAAAUAGUUAUUUGAUCUCCUCUCUGACAGUUUCACGGUCUAAAGACUUCAUUAGCAGUCUCUCUAUUGUCUGUUAAGAUAAAUGACAAGUUUAGAUGAAUUAAGAGAGAGAUUAUGCAGUGCGUUAAGACAGGUUGAAAUUUUAGCAGUGCUCGUCCCACGUAUAACUGAUCUCACCUUAGUUAUUCCCACUUGGAUUUCUUAAGUGCCCCUUGAGAUAUUUGCAUAACACGCAUGUCUGUACAGGUCCGUUUGAUAAAAAAUCGCAAGGUUUCUCAUGCUUGGGAGUAGCGGCGAGCUAAAUUAUACCAGAGUUAACAGUUGAGAUGGUUUCAAUUUGAUUUGGCGAGUAGUUUGAUCCGUUGAAAGAGAAAGACGACGAAGGAGACAUGGAGGUCGAAGUUAUCACCACAACACGACCAUCUGCGGACACGGACAUCAACCCAAAUUUGACUGCGGAGGAACAACGAUGGGAGAGCGCUGGACAAUUCCAGCCAGGCCGGCUACAAAAAACUGUGUUCCACAGCUUGUCUGAAGCGGCCUCUGUCGACGAAAAACCGACACCAAAGCCUCGUAAGAGUCGAUACGACUGGAUGAAGGGGGAGACAGAAGAUGACCAAGCGGCGCUUGUGCCAACGAAGUUAAAACUUGACCGGCAGAGUAAUCAACUUGAAGAUGGGACAUUCAGGUGAGAAAAUUUUAAUAGUCUCUCUACCAAUCUUUGGCAAUUUUGCCGACCGUUGCACUGAAAAUACAACCGACUGCAGUCGAAACAAGCAGACGAGCACGUAUCUUAAUCACGUUCAAGGACCGUUCCACUUGCCUGACCUCCAUUGCAGUUAGAUUAUCAGAAUUCCUGGAUUUUUCUUUUAACGUUAAAGUAAUGCAUAAAACGCUAUAUUUUUUUUUACAUUUGUACCGCAAUAUUCAUGGCCAAUACUCGAGGGAGAGCUCUCGCUUAAUCCAAACGGCACGUAGUGUUGGUUUAAGGAUUUAAAACCUGAAUUCCUGAAUCGACUUGUGGUUUUGAGUUUCACAGCUGCGUUAAAAUCAAUUAUUGCUAAAUUGUGUUUUUUGAAUGACUUUUUCACCGACAAAGUAGACUUGCGGUCGCAUACGUUUGACUCUUGAUUGUUUUAAUGGCUGUGCGUGGGUCUAAAGGGCCUGAAAAUACUGAUGAAAAAUUCCUGUCAAGUAUUAACGAAAUGUUAUAUUUGAUAUUCUUUGUAGAAUUUUGUAAAUGUUUUAAAUAUGUUGUUUGUAGUAUGGAUGACUAAUUCAAACACAAUGCUUUUAUUUACAUGUUCACCUCAUUCAUCGUUAUCAUAAAUACUGAUUUAGUAUUUUUAAGCAAACUACAGUGGUAAUUAUUUCAAGGAGAUUUGUGAAAUGAUGUGUAGUUUUGAAUUAGCAUUUAACUCGGUAGAUCGUCACGCCACCUGUCACGCGGUAUGUCACGCAUUAUUUUACUAAAAUCAAAGACCAAAUUCAUGUUAACCUUUUAACUUCCAUAUUAAAUUUGUAAUUCUCCUUACUGUCAACCAUACAAUUCUUAUAAUGUGGGUUCAGAGAAUUGAGUAUUGGACCAACUAAUAAUCUUCAGUUAAUAGUUUUCUUUAUUCUCAUCACUUAUCUGGUUGAUAUUGUAUUGAUAUUGUAAGGAGAAAUUCUGUCUUGGUCACUCAUGGGAGUUAAAGGGUUAAAUUAAAAGCAACUGGAGAAUAUAACAAGACUCUUGAAACAACUCAUACUUUGCCUCUUCCGUCGAGAUUGAAAUUUCUUUUAAUUAAUUUUCUUUUCCAUAUGUUUACAAACAUUUCCUGUUAUUUCCCUUUUCAGCAACGGUCAAGACAGAACAAGUCCACCCGAGGUAGCUUGAAUAUUUGUUUAAGAUUCUUUAAAUGAUACAAUUUUAUCUCAUAAAGCAGUAGUAUCGUUGUGUAACUGUUCCAUUUCCUUAGCCUGUUUGAACCUUUCGGUAAAGUGCAGGAAUAAGGAACGUUUACGUACAAGUUAAGUAACGUAUACUCUGGAAUGGAAUGGACUGGACUGGACUGGACUGAACCGUACUUAACCGUACUAAUAUCCCAUUCACACUGGCAAAAAAGUGUUUAGUUAAACCGGAUUUAACUGAAUGAAAACAAGAAACAGAGAAACGAGGAACCGAAUUUUCCAUGGGAUUCAAGUAGUCCCUUACUUGUAUGUUCAAUGUGCUGCAUUUGAAAUCGACAAACAUCGGUUCAAGUAGCUUCUAUGAAGUAAAAAAUCUCAAUCGUAUUACACAAAACGCCUUCAAAAAAUGUUGAAGCUUUGGUGUGAAUGGGGUAUAUGUUUAAAUGAGACAAUGAAAUAAGGAAAGGCAAUUGAAAGUCUAUUUUGAUUUUUUUAGACCAAGAAGUUAGAUUCUACGCGAUAUGUACCGUUUAAAGAAUUAGAAGCGACAACUUUGUCUUGUUUAGUAUUAGUUUUUACAUUUUAUGUUAGAGCUUUGAAUAUCAAUUUCACUGCAUUUCCCACAGUGAAUCGAGACUAGAGAAGAGCAGGCUGACAGAAGACGCGCGAAAAAGGAUUCGCGUGAGAAACGAGACGCGCAGAGGACAGGAUGCGUGUAGCAAGACUGCUAAAAUAUCUCCUUCUGACAUAUAACGCAAGUCUGCUUCUCGUGAAAAUACGCUCUAAAAUUUUCACUUUGUUUCACUCCUUAGCCAGUCCCAAGGAAGGUCAAGACGGAAAGCCAUGAUUUAAAAAGCAGCAGCGAGAGCGAAAGCGAAAGCGAGAGUAAUGAAGGAAGUGACAGCGAAAGUGAUAAUGAAGAAGAGAGGGAUACCGUUGAAGUUCUCAACUCACAACUCACAGAGGAGGAGAAACAGUGGGAGCAAGCGGGAAAUUUCCAACCCAAAAAGCUAAAUCUUUCUCUAUUUGCUGGGUUUCAACAAGCACCUGCGAAUGCAGCAGACAGACUGGCACCAAAGAAGACACAAGGAGCAUCCCAUCCCUCGCAGUAUAAAAAGCCACUUGUGAACAAUGAAGAAGAGAUUCCCGCUCCGGCUGAAGUGAAAGUUCAGGAAACUGAGCCAGAAAUGGAGGACAUCAGGUAAAUUAUUUAAGGUUUUGGGAACAACUCUUGGCGCAAAAUCACUUCAUUACAUUUGCUUACCGUCACGUUUGGUUUGGUUUGGUUAUUUUCUGGUACGGUGUAGUUUUACAAGAAUAUCAGCGGACACUUGAACCCCUUAGAAUGACUUGGAUAAAAUUUCUCUUACAACAGCACCCCCAAAUAGCAUAUUAAGGCCACAAGAAUAUAGGAAUGAUCACCGACUAAAUUCUCCUCAUCAGCACCUUAGGAAAUGUAUACAGAAAGCAUGGAGAAUAUGUAAACUGAUUUUAGGGUGUGAAGGGUUCACUUCAAACACGUGUUUCGUAUUUCUCCUUUUCAACUGUGUUACGUUUUCUUGUUGAUCAGUUAACCCUUUAAACUCCAGGAUCUCAUUAGUAAUUCUCCUUACUGUCUGCCAUAUAGUUCUUGUGAUGUUAGUUUGGAGAAUUUGUUAUUGGAUCGACUAAUAAUCCCCUAGUUAAUAUUUUUCUUUAUUCUCAUCACUUUCUGCUUGAUAUUGUAUUGAUAUUGUAGGGAGAAAUUAUGCCUUGGUCACUCAUGGGAGUUAAAGGGUUAAGGAAACUUGCUACCAACUUAUGAUUUCCCUUGUAGCUGUUGGGUGUCUUUGUGCUCAUUUCCUACGUGCUAAAUAAUGUAUUGAUUUUUCAAGAAGACGUUGCAUGUUAACCCCUCUACCCUAGAAAGUGUCUAGCACUUGAUUUCUCUUUACAGUAUCACUAAUGAAUUAAACAUUAAGCAAGACUAACAGAUGUGAUCGCCAACUAAACUAUCUCACGAUUGUUGGACAAAUUCUCCUUGUCACUACCCAAAGAAAUCCUUUACGUCACACUUGCAACUAAUCCAUGAAAUCGGAAAGACAUCGAUUGCUGCACUUUUCAUCCCAGAAAUGGAAAUAUUUUAAAGAUGUUUUCAUGCAAUCAAUCCUUCACGCCGAUCAUCAUCUGUUCAGAAUUCAAUUGUGUCUCAUGAUGAUGAUAUGAUCUCUGAGUUUUAAAUCUAUCGACCAUACUUCAUUUAAUUUUCAAAUUUUUUUCAAAGAGAAAAACAGCUCAUUUAAUUUAAGAUUUUUUUUCUUUGCAGUCCGGUUCUUGAAGUAAAAACAGAGACAGAGGUAAGGUUCCAAUGUUAUCUUGUGAUUAUUUUUUCUACACCUUAGAAUUCAAUCGCCUUAGGAUGUUCUGCUGUAGGAAAACGAGUUGAAAGAUUUUUUUAACGCACUGGUAAAGUUGUGGGCGAACUUGUUUCACUGCAGGGGGCGAACUCGCAAAGGGGGCGAACUGGUAUCGAGAGACACUUUUUCACACAAUAUCCCAAACAGAUCGAAGUUAUUAGAGAAAGAGGAUUCGAGAGGGUAAUUUAACAGUAAUGCAUUUAAACUCGUCAUGAGUAUCUUGCUAAUGCUGCAAUCAUUAACCUUUUGGCGAGAUGUACUGGUGAAGGUGAAUAGUAUGUUAAUGAGAGUAAAAUAUUAUUUAAUAAAAGCGCAAGAUGCUGUAUACAACACAACUAUUAGCUUAUAAUCUGCGCAACAGCACCGGCUAAAUCACAUUAAUAAACAAAUGCAAAACUGACUACAAACUGUUCUUACUGCUUUUAACGCAUUUAGGAAAUAUAUUGUUUUGUUUUCUUCGUAAUGGCAACGAAUUAUUUAGACGACUGCAACUAAUAAACGAGCUUUCUAACACACAGUUUACUUGUUUUGUUUUUAAAUGUGAGCUUUUUGUUUAUUUUAAACACCAGACUGUUAAAAGUAACUUAAGCCUGCGCAUGCGCUGCUGCUGCUGCUUAUUGCGUUGUUGUAUACCUGGCUUAAUUUCUCUUGAGAAAGAAGACAACCAUAGCUCUUGGAGAGGAGGGCAUUGAGAGCUAUCACUUUGACUCCAAAUACCGGACAAAAUAUCCAAUAAAAUUCAAACACCAAAUCGAAAUAACUCAACCCAAAGGUUCGAAGAUUUUAAUCUAACUUUAUAGUUUGGACUAUUUUAAAAACGAUCAAAAAACCAUUUAGAUUUAAGAAAAAAAAAAACCACGGAAACCGCUGCGGAUGUCAAAGCCACAAAAGAAGCGACUUUGAAUAGAAAAGAUCGAAAAACCGAUUUCGAAAAUUACCAAUAUUGAAAACAAAAAAACCAAAUGCCCUCCUCUCAGUUCGAUAGCUAAACCUCAUUUAGCGGCUAAACUUUAUUAAUCACUUGUAGCCUCUCUCAUCUUCGCUUUACACCUACACGUAUGAGGAGGAAAGUGAUGACGACGAUGACAUUCCCGGUUGGAGAAAGGUAGAAGAGCAACGAAGACAACAAGAACGAGAGGAAAUCGAAAGAGCAAAAGAGGAAGAAAAAAGACGACGGGAACAAGAGGCCAUGGAAGAGGAGUCACAAAAGCAACCUGAUUCAAGUGACGAUGAGUUUGAAACCAAAGUACGCACAAAGGAAGUCAGAAAGAUUAAUCCAAAUCUGUUGUUUCAGUUCAUGAAAGAGGCAGACAAAGAACCAGAGAGACCCCUGAAAUCGUCGAAACCCAAACAGCAACAAAUAGAUGUAUCCAGUGUCUCGUUGUCAGAAUCUACACCCGUUGUCGACAACCCCUCCGAAGACGGCUAUGCAGGAGACCAAGAAAGAGAGGUGGAAGAUGAGUACGAAGAGAAAGUACGGAGCGGACAAGUAAGAAAGUUGAAGCUGGUUAACAGUCCUUUUCUUCAAUCGAAGGAAACGGAGAUUGCUCCUGACUACCGUCGGGAUGAGCCCCGUAGCUCUCGAAUUAUCAAAGACGAGAUCUACGUAGAGAAAGUUGAACACUCGACUGUCGAGUCUGCGCCAAGGAGAGAUUGGGAAGAGGAGGCAGAUGAGGUAUUCAAGCAUGCCGCUGUCCUUAGCGAUCCACAUGAACGCGAUCAUACGUGUUUUGUUAGUACCAAGUAGUUGACAAUUUUUUGUCAAGCGACUUAUCAACGCGAACCAUACACUAAAUUCGUAAGGCGGCCUUUAGAUUACGUAUUGCAAUCGAAAUCACACUGUUCUUUAGUUUAAAAAAAUGUACACCUGUGGAGUGAUCCGGCUUGCUAAUAACAAACACAAGACAGUGUAAUAUUGCUGUUCCGCAAUUGCAUCAUUGAAAAUAGUCACGUUUUGUUUGUUCGAUGUUUUCUGUUUCACACUAAAGACCAAACGGCGGCACCCAUGCAACGCCCUAUCACCUAACACCUACUGGUGGUUUAUAAUUUAAGUUCAAAGUGCUAUGGUCCUUCGUGGGAAUUGUUUCAAUGAUGACGCAACUCCCUUAUCUGGUAUCAAUAAAUUUAAGUAUUGCGUGAAAAAUCAUUGCAACAGCUGUAAAGUAGACUAACAUUAAACCACCGUGGUAUAGACCACUACUAUGAAAUAUGAGCGCAAAAAUAUUCCUUACGGAAUAGAAGUCGAGUUGGUGUCAGUGAACAAGUUUUGCACAUUUUCUUAGACGUGAUUCGUCUUUUUUUUUUUUUUUUUGUCAUUAGCCUGAAGUCGACAACAUUGCUGGCGCAACUUUGGAGAGUUACGAAGAGGAAAGUGAAGAUGAUGGUGUUCCUGAAUGGCGCAAAAUGGAAGAAAAACGAAGACAACAAGAGCUGGAGGAAAUUGAAAGGGCCAGAUUAGAAGAGCAAAGGAGACGAGAACGGGAAGCGCUUGAAUCCAAUGAACAGGAGGAUGAAGAUUCAAACGAUGAUGAAUUCGAAGCAAAAGUUCGAACCAAGGAGAUUCGAAGAAUCAAUCCUAAUCUGCUUGUUCAGUUUAUGAACGAGUCAAAAGAAGAACCCGCAAGUGAUAGAAGACCCAAACAGGAAAUCGUAAAAACUCAACACGUGUUGGUGACGGAAACCACGUCCAAGGAUGACAGCGAUCAUGAAGAUGCUCUGGAAAAAGAUGACGAGUUUGUCGAGGAUGAAUACGAUCUCAAAGUGAAAAAAGGGCAAGUGAACAAGCUUGUCCUUGACAACAGUCCUUUCUUGCAAAAGCAAACCAGAAACGAGACACCUGUUUUGCAAACGAAAUCAGAACCAAAGACUAGUAAAGUACCUAAACAAGCCUUGCAGGAUUCUUUUGUGCGGGAAGAAGAGCUUGUUCAAGUAAUUGAUGAGAAAGUUGUGGAGUGUCAACCAGACUUGGGUUUCCGUGAAGGAAACGAACACGAUGAGUACGAGGUAAAAGUUAAAUCCAAACUUGUUAAGAGGUUAAGUCAUGACCAGUUCCAUUUUCUCCGCAAGCAAGAAGAAGAGGAGCGUAAAAGGCUUCAAGAAGAGGAGCGACGUCGAAUAGAACGCGAGGAACGCGAAUUACUUAAAAAAGAGGAAGAGCGUAGAAGAAGGCUAGAGGCUGAAGCCCGUGCUAGAGAAGAAGAGAGGAUUCGCAAAGAAGAGGAAAUCAGAAGGCAGGAAGAAGAAGCGAAAGCUCGUAAAGAGGAAGAAAACAGGCGUCGGCGUGAAGAGGCUGAACGAGUUAGAAAGGAGGAGGAAGAACGGUUACAAAGAGAAGAAGAAGAGGAGCAGAUGCGCAUGGAGGAAAUGCGGAGGCAAAAGGAAGCAGCUAAAAAGAAAUUUCAGACCGGAAUUUUUGAUGAUGUUCCUGUGACUCGUUCUGAGAAGGAUAUAUACAGCGUGGGGCGUCUUGAUGCGAAUAAGUUCUUGCAAUUCCAGCAAAGUCCUACGGAAGAACCAAAACUGAAGUCAAAAGCGCGGUACGACCAGAAGGUAACAAAAGAACCCAAGGUACCAGAAGCUGUUGUAGAAACUGUUCAAGUGGCAUCUGUUGAUUUGAUUGAAAGCAGUCCUUAUGAGAAAGAUGGAGGAUCUUUGCUAUCCGAAGACGCAGAAUACGAAGAAAAACGAAAGAGUGUGGGAAAACUGGACAAGGAGUGGUACAUUUUACAGCAACGAAAGCAAGCGGAAGAAAAUGAGCGGCGAGCCAAAGAAUUAGAAGAGCAAAGGCUAAGAGAAGAACGUAAUGAAAUAUUCCGGUUUCAGGACGACGAUUCCACUCCAGAAGUUGUUGGCACUUUGGAAAAAAGAAGAAGCAAGCUUAGCGCCGACAAGUUUAGUGUUUUUGAACAGGAUGCUGUGGGAGGGAACAGUAGACCCGGAAAAACCCAAAAAGAAGGUUCAAUUAUGGUUAAAAAGAGGGAAGAAGUUCAAUCUGCACCUGCAGAAAUAAAAGAGUAUGAAAGUAAUGGAAAGAUUAAUCGAAAGAAUUAUGACGAUGACAAUGUUAUCAUUCUCGGAAUGGAUGAUUCCGAAACAGUCCAACGGAAAAUGCGUCUCCAGCGAGAAAGAGACGAAAAACAACUGCUUCGCCAAGAGGAGGAAAGGAGAAGAUUGCUUGCCGAGGAAAGUUUGGACUACCGUGACAGUGAAACAGAGAGUGAUAAACCCAAGAGUGUUGGAAAACUGAAUUACCAACAAUUCUCUGUGUUCCAGCAGGAAGGACCAGUCGCUCCGAUAGCAAAACCGCGCAAGCAGGACCCGCAAGUGAUCCAAGAAGUGGUCAGUGUCAAAAGUCAGGAGGUAGUUGAAAGCUCUCCAGUCGAUAUGAACGAAGCUUAUGCCUGCCACGGGGGUCCUGCUGAGACGCAAGAAGAUGUUGAGUAUGAGAAAAAGAUCAACGCAGGCCAGAGACUUGAUGUGGAAAAGUUCUUGAAUGCCAGGUCUCAGGAGUCAGUAGAGAGAACACAACGUGCUAAACGAAUGGCAGAGGAGAGAAUGCGUCAGGAGCAGGAAGAGCUGGCUAAGUUAAGAUUAGAGGAACAAAGGCGGAUGCAAGCGGAACUAGACGGGGGCUAUGAGAAAGAAAGUGAUCUUAUUCAGCCGCUGGAAACCGAAAGUAGGAAAUCUAUAACCGGCUCCGAUUCUGAAAGGUCACGAAAAGUGUCCAUUGAAAGAAAAACGUCGACACCCAUGGAACAUGAGCCAGAGAGUACCGAAAAAGGUGUUGGUGUUGGUGUUGGUCGUUUACCAGAGGAACUUCGUUUACAAUUUGAGAGUGAUAGCAAAAAUACAAGUUCAAGACGACAGUCCACUAAAAUCAAAGGCUCAAGAUCACUGACAGACGAAGAAUCGACAAGGACAAACUCGAUUGAGAGUCUUCGCAGUAUUUCUGGUGAAAGUAUGUCUUCUGGGGCGCGAGAAAAAGACAUGAAUGGAACUGCUAGUAUCACUGAAAAAUUGUCGUCCUUAGACAGGUAAGUACAAUUUAAUUUCAAACCUUGUAGUAAUAUACUGAUUUUAUUCUUAGUGCUAGACUCACGGUCCAUUAAGAGCUCAUUUGGAAACUUCUGGCGUAACAUACCUGUGUGAGAUACCAAUAAAAAUCGCUUAGUUGAUUCGUAAUCAGGUUUUUCCAAUGCAGAAUACGCUUGAAACUUUCAGCUUUUACAGAAAAUAGCAAACCAAAACUGCUAUGAUUUGGAGGACAUGUUUACCUUCACGACCUACAUUUAUAUACCACGAAUGCUUUCUUUCAGGAGGGAGUCCAAUCAGGAAGUUCAAAUGGAAGACAGAACAACAGAGGUGUGUUUCAUAAACUUUUCCACACAUUAUUUUAAUACAUUACUUUUGGAUCUGUCCUCUCGCCAAAAGAAGUAAACUAUCUAUGAAUGAACAGACAACCUAGCUAAUUUCCAACCAAGAUGACCGGAACGAAUGAAAGCCUUUUAUUAGGAUACAUAGACGUUUACUUUGUGACAUUUUCAAACAUGUAAAUAGAAUAUAUCACAUAUUUCAACAACCACACAGUAAUCUUUUUUUAAGUAAAAAAUUCAAACAAAAUUCCAGUCAUCGGAACCGUUCCACUGCUAUCAGUAGAAGACGUAGUAGAACGGCGCCCAAGCAAAACUACAUUUUGUGAGCAACUCAUGGGCCAGUUCCAAAAAAACCAACAGAUUAGCAUUAGUUUCACGAGAAAUAAGUUCAGAUGUCGGAUUUCACAAGAUUUCGCUACUUUUUGGAUGAUUCAUGUUUGCUUAUGCCUGGAUAUAGUUUUGGCUUCGAGUUCCAGUGACACAGUUGUUGAACUAUACACCUGCUAUGAUAAAUAAUCAUAAGGUUUCCUGGUUAUAGUCUUACUCUCCAGAGGAAAAACCAAUUCCUAAGAAACUCAACACGAGUAUGUUUGCUGCCUUUGAGAAGAGCGACCGCGAACCAGUACAGCUUCGGCGUGCAAAGAGCGAGAAGCGUGCCAGACCCAAGAGCAUUGGAAACGUGGACUUAUUGAUAUGGCAAGAUGACGCUAAUCUUUCCCAUCCUCCCACCGACGUUUCAAGAGGGGGGUCUGGGCGCCAGCCACGACCAAAAAGCAUUGCAUUUUGAGCAACGAAUGUUGGCCAAUAAUCGAUGAAACAUAUCAUGAUGUAGUAAUUAUACGUUUAAUUGUAUAGCUAUAAUAAUUGCGAUAAACUUUGUGCGAAAUUUGAACAAUUGGGUUGGUCCGAAUGGCGAACGAUCCACGUUUGAUUAAAUUUCGUUUUGAGAGCUCUUAAUAUUAUGAUACAAAAGGUGUAGGGGGGGGGGGAAGGAGGCACAUCUCGCUUUAACAUGUUCAGUAUACUUCAAGAUAAUUCAAUACAACACUUACCCAAGUGCUAUUAAAAGCAUCUUUUUCACGUGAUUAGAUGUAUGAAACGUCAUUUUUCAACAAAAACAGUUUUCAUAUCGUUAAGCCAGGGUAUGACCGCUGAAAAAAAGAAAAGAAAAUGACAAAAAAAAUAGUCGACAUCAUAGCAAAAUUUCGGCAAAGGUUAAAUAUGUUUCCAGUGUUAAGUUAGUUCCUAAUUUUUUUACUUAAAUUUGUAAGUCAAUUUAAUCAACCUUUUGUUAAUGACCAAGUCGACAAGAAAGGGUUAGAGUUUUAUAGAAUGGAACUUUACGAUGGGUUAUUGGCUGUCGACAUCUUGCGUUACGCAUAACUCCAAGAUUACAGAAAUGUCGAAGAUGUAAAAAAUUCGUGGAGGUUUUUUCAUAAGUUUGUAACCAGAUAAAACAUUAGCACCGAAAAAUCACUUUAAAUCUUUACUCUUAAUAUCUGAUUGUUAAUUCUCCCCUCCAGCUGCUUCACAUUUUCUUGUAAAUUAGUUACGAGAAUUUGGUGUUAGAUCAAAAUAACAACUUCUACCUGUUUGCUGAAUAAUGUAUGUUUUUUUAAUAGCGGGGAGAAGUUUCAUAUCAGUCACUCGUGGAAGUUGAAGGGAAGGGUUAAUAUCCUUUAUGAAAUCAUUAUCGUCUUUGUCGGCGUAUGUAUCAGUAAUGAAAAAUGAUAAGAUAUCGUAGAUAGUUAUACGUGUAUAAGCUCUGAAGUAAUUUAGAACAUUUUCAAAAUCACUCUUUGAGGGCCCAUGAUUCUAAAUAACCCACUGAGGGCCCCAUACUUAAACGAACCCUUCUAAUAUCACCCGCUAAGAGCCCCAUACUUAAGCGAACCUUUUUAGUAUCACCCGCAAAGGGUCCACUACUUAGCUUUACUCAAAAUCCCCGGUUUUCGCCCAGUCAAUAUCAAGAUCAGAAUUCGAAAUAAUGGUAGAUUUUGGUUCAAACAGGAAGACCUAUAAUAUAACAAGGUCGUCAAUUGAAAGAUCGUUUUAAGAGAAAAUUUCAGCUUUACAACAGGCGAACAAUAUACUCAGAGAAAACAGAGGUAGAAAAUCAAAGCUGACCGAUUCAUAUUGUUAAAUUUUCGCCCGCUAAACAACUCUACAAAUUGCAGAAACUGUCAUUGGUGUUUUCUUUGUAGGACUUGACUUAUUUGUAAGUCAAUCAUUUGGAAUAAAUAAUUUAAAUUAA